CGCGUGCAUCUCAGUUUUCGUGGCAAUAAUGUUUUAAAUGAUUAUGAAAAGAGCAUGCAACGACGACUCUCACCAGUAGGAGGCGCUUCAGCUGCGAAAGACCAGAACCGAGCUACGAUGAAGGACUUGGACGCAGAGCUCGACAACAGCGACGACGAGGCGCCGGAAGAGGUGACGUUUGAGGACGCUAAAACCCAGGCGUUAGAAAGCGUCAAGGCGGCGCUGGAGUCGACGCUCAGAGAGAAGGAGCUGCUGAAGGAGAAGAGGAGAAGAAGAAACGAGCUGUUCCAGGAACAGAAGAAAAGGAAACUGCUGUCCGCGGAAGUCCUGGAGGAGAUCGCCUCCUCCACUCAGAAAAAGAAGAAAAAGGACUCAGAAGCACCUGGAAAUGAGGCGCCAAUACAGAAGAAGAGCAGCGUAAAAGCAGCAUCCAGAAAUCUGAAGGGAAACUACUCGGUCAGGACACUGAAGGCUCCAACGUUGGCGUCCCUCCAGCAGAAGGCAGCGGAGGACUUCAUCCAGGCCAGACUGUACGGACCCGGGACCUGCAGAACCACCAGCUGCGAGCUGCUGUCCCUGUGCAACAAAACGGCUCAGAAGAAAAGCGCAGCGGUGGAUUUUGUAAAGAAGAGCUGGGCUCCCGCACUUAAAGCCAAAUCUCAGAAGGAGAAGAAGAGAUGGCUGCACAACCACCAGAUUGCAGGACCUCAUGAGGACCGCUGAAGAAGUCAAGCUGAACUUUUUUAAAUUGACACCAGUAGGAUGCCACUUCAGUUGCUCUGCCACUGAACCUGAGUCGGUGUUGCUCCUUCACCUCAUGGUUCCUGGACUACUGGGCCUGAGCAGUGUGUGCUCUGGACUUGCUUUUUUUCCCUCAGUGUUUAGUUGGAGAAAAUAAAAACAAAUGG